AGUGAGGGAUGUACGGUUCUGGCCGGCGUGUGCGGUAAUGCAGGUUCCGCAGCUACUUGUGCUUUUCGGAAGCCAGACUGGCACAGCCCAGGAUGAGGCGGAGAGACUGGGCCGCGAGGCCCGGCGCCGGCGCCUAGGUUGCCGCGUGCAGGCGCUGGACUCGUAUGCGGUGGCGGAUCUCAUUAGGGAGCCCCUGGUGGUAUUUGUUUGUGCGACCACAGGCCAAGGAGACCCUCCUGACAACAUGAAGAACUUUUGGAGGUUCAUAUUCCGGAAGAGCCUGCUGUCCACCUCUCUCUGUCAGAUGGACUUUGCUGUCCUAGGCCUCGGGGACUCCUCAUAUGCCAAGUUCAACUUUGUGGCCAAGAAGCUACAUCGUAGGCUGCUGCAGCUAGGAGGCAGUGCCCUUCUGCCCCCAUGUCUGGGUGAUGACCAGCAUGAGCUGGGGCCUGAUGCUGCCAUUGACCCCUGGCUGGGAGACCUUUGGAAGAAGAUAAUGAGUCUGUACCCAGUGCCUCUUGACUUUCCUGAGAUCCCUCUUGGAGUCCCCUUGCCCUCCAAGUUCAUCUUCCAGUUUCUUCAGGAGGUUCCCAGCGUAGGGACUGAGGGGCUAAAGCUAGCCAGCUCAGACCCUCAGAGACCCCCAUCAGAGUUACAGCCCUUUCUGGCACCUGUGAUCACCAACCAGAGGGUCACUGGCCCCCAACAUUUCCAGGAUGUUCGGCUGAUUGAGUUUGACAUUACAGACUCAAGUAUUAGUUACGCUGCUGGCGAUGUUGUAUCAAUUAUGCCCUCUAACUCGGAGACCCACACCCAGCAGUUCUGCCGGUUGCUGGGCUUGGACCCCAAGCAGUUUUUCAUGCUCACGCCACGGGAGCCAGGCGUCCCUCACCCCCCAGGGCUGCCUCGGCCCUGCACAGUGUCGCAUCUUGUGUCACGGUAUUUGGACAUUGCCAGCGUGCCCCGCCGUUCCUUCUUUGAGCUCUUGGCUUGUCUUUCUCCACAUGGGCUGGAGCGGGAGAAGCUGCUAGAAUUCAGCUCCGCCAGAGGUCAGGAAGAGCUCUGGGAGUACUGUAAUCGGCCCCGCAGGACCAUCUUGGAGGUGCUGUGUGACUUUCCACACACGGCAGCUGCCAUUCCUCCAGACUACCUUUUGGACCUUAUCCCUCGGAUCCGCCCACGGGCCUUCUCCAUUGCCUCUUCCCUGCUGGCUCAUCCCGGGAGGCUACAGAUCCUUGUGGCUGUGGUACAGUACCAGACUCGCCUCAAGGAACCCCGCCGUGGCCUCUGCUCCUCCUGGCUAGCAUCCCUGAAUCCUGAACAAGGACCUGUCCAGGUACCUCUGUGGGUGCGGCCUGGGAGCCUCGUGUUCCCAGAGACACCAGACACACCCAUUAUCAUGGUAGGGCCUGGAACUGGUGUGGCGCCCUUUCGAGCAGCCAUUCAAGAGCGAGUGGCCCACAGCCAAACUGGAAACUUCUUGUUCUUUGGCUGCCGCAAGCGGGACCAGGACUUCUACUGGCAGACUGAGUGGCAAGAGCUAGAGAAGAAAGGCUGCCUGACCCUGGUUACAGCCUUCUCCCGGGAGCAGGUGAGUGUACUCGAGUUAGAUGGGGCAGGAGUUAGGGUGGCUGGGACUCAGCCUGUGACACCUGCAGGAGCAGAAGGUGUACGUGCAGCAUCGGCUCCGAGAGCUGGGGCCCCUUGUCUGGGAGCUGCUGGAUCGCCACGGUGCCCACUUCUACCUAGCAGGGUGAGCCAACUUGGGGGUGCAGAGGAGCGGACCAGCCUUCAGAGGUGGGGGUGGGGCCACAGGAUCACUGAGCUUUCUGAGCCUACCUCUCCAGCAAUGCUAAGUAUAUGCCUGCGGAUGUUGCGGAAGCCCUGACAUCCAUUUUUCAAGAAGAAGGACAACUCUCCAGCACAGACGCGGCUGCCUACCUUGCCAGGCUCCAGCAGACACUGCGUUUCCAGACUGAGACCUGGGCCUGAGGAGCCACUUGCUAGCUCACAGCCACACCAACAGCUGCACUGGAGAGCCUACUGGAGUCUAGAGGGCCCAUUGUCACCUCCUGUCCUCUGAUCCCAGAACACUUGUGAGACCUUGGUGUAGCUUUUUGACUCCAGCUGACUAGCAGGGCACUCCCUGAAUACAGUCAAACUCUGGAACCCAGUGUCCCACCCUAACUUCCCCCAGCCCCAGUGCAAUGUACACUCCCGGUUUCCUCUCUGUCCCCUUCACUGUGCCCCACAUCUGCAUUAUGGUUUGUACCACAGGGGCUGCUAAGGCCUCCAGGAGGCAGGGAGUCCUGUGAGGGCUGCACUGCCCCUCUGCCCUGGUGCUAUUUCCAUUCAUUCCACAGCACCUGUGGGACUCAGGCUCAGGUGAGAGGCCCCAGAGGCUGAUUCUCCUGAGCAUUGAGAAUGAGCAAGUCAGUCUGUCUCAGGCCCUUAAACAUCUUGAGUAAACUGCCUGGGUAGCUA